UGUUCGGCUCUGCUCGGCGUGAUAAACCGGGCGCGUGUAUGUGUGUGGUUGAACGUUAACGCGUUCAGCGGGACGGAAGCCGAACGGAAGAACCGGGCGCGGGAAAUGAUGAUGAAGAUGCUGCGUUGAGCCAUAAUGGCGGACUGGAGCGAGUGUCUGGAUGUGGCCGUGGACAUCGCCCGGAGAGCCGGACAGAUGGUGUCGUGUGCUGUUCAGCUGGAGAAGCGUGUGAGCAGUAAAAGCACACCGACAGACCUGGUGACAGAAGCAGAUCAUCAGGUGGAGGAGCUGAUCAUCUCCACACUCAGAGAGAAAUACCCUACACACAGGUUUAUUGGUGAGGAAUCAUCUGCUGCUGGUGUGAAGUGUGAGCUGACAGACAGUCCUACCUGGAUCAUCGACCCCAUCGACGGCACCUGUAACUUUGUGCACAGUUUCCCCAUGGUGGCAGUCAGCAUUGGGUUUGCUGUGAGGAAAGAGCUGGAGUUUGGUGUGAUCUACCACUGUUUUGACGGGACGUUGUAUACAGCCAGGAAAGGACACGGAGCCUUCUGCAACGGUGUUCGACUUCAGGUUUCAAAAGAGAAAGACGUGUCGAAGGCUCUGAUCCUCACAGAGAUCGGGGCGAAGAGAGACUCAGCAACACUCGAUAUAUUUCUAGGAAACAUGAAGAAGAUAUUGAGCGCACCGACUCACGGCGUGCGGAUCAUCGGCAGCUCGACUCUCUCUCUCUGUCAGGUCGCCAGCGGGGCGGCGGAGGCGUAUUAUCAGUAUGGUCUGCACUGCUGGGACAUCGCAGCAGCCGCUGUCAUCAUCCGAGAGGCUGGAGGCUGUGUGAUGGACACUACAGGUGGUCCGCUAGACCUGAUGUCCAGGCGUGUUGUGGCUGCAGGGACGCGUGAGAUCGCUGAAUAUGUGGUCAAACAGCUGCAGCCCAUAAACUACGGCAGAGAUGACCUCUGACUGACCUCUGAGUGACCUCCGACCCCAACCUGAGCCUUUUACCUCAGAACACACACACACACACAAUCCUGCCACGCCACUACUGCAAUGUCCACACACACACACACAGACACUUACUUGCACAUACACUUUCUCUCUCUCUCCCUCUCUCUCACACACACACACACACACACACAUGUAUACAAACACACUCUCUUAUACACACACACUUUCUCACUCGCAUAUAAACACACACAGUAGUCACACACAUGUAAACUCUCGCAUACUAACACCUACACCCACACUCUCUCUCAUACACACACACACACACUUUUUUACAGACACACACACACUCUCACAUACAUACAUACAUGCACUUUCUCUUUCACACAUGCACACUCUCUCUCUUGCUCUCUCAUAACCACACAGAAGCACGCAUACACUCACACGUGCACACACAUAUACACACUCUCUCUCACGCACAUACACAAUUUCUCUUUUACACAGACACACACAAAAACAAACAAACAGAAACUGACUAUACACACACGCACAUACACACACUUUCUUUUUCACACACACACACACACACACACCCUCUGUCUCUCCCUCUCUCAUACUAACUCUCACACACACACACACACACACACACACACUUCACUGUAUGUUCCGCUGCUCCUUGAAUCUGCUCAUGGUCUCGGUUAUUCACAGCCAGACAGAAUCUGCAGAUGUGAUUUAAUAAUUAUAAAGACUGACGAGGAGAGACUCAAUAACAGCAAACAAUCACCUCUGAACUAAUGUCACGUUCACAAUGCACAUACAGUUACAGCCACUCGUUUAGUAGAGAGAGCUACAGCAGCGCUCCUAUAUGAUAUACACUCACCGGCCACUUUAUUAGGUACAGCUGUCUAACUGCUCAUUAACAGCAACAAUUCUAAUCAGCCAAUCACAUGGCAGCAGCUCACUGCAUUUAGGCAUGUAGACAU